CGGGAUGCGUGCGCUCGGGUGGCAGGGGCAGAAUUCCCAGAGGCCUGCGGGAUUUGUGAUCCCGAUAACUGCAUUGAAGAGCCAUUUCCUCCUCCACCACCCUCUCGUACAAGAUGCGGGUGUCCAGAAUGUGAGCAAAUUUGGUACAUGAUGGCAGGCGAGUAUACUUGUGGCGAACGAAUUGAGUGGCUCCAAUCGGACACAUCAACUGUCGCUAGUGGUCCGUAUGACGAACUUUCUGCGUGUUCUAAAGUAGCAUCAGAGGAAUUUUCAAACGAAUGUGGAAAAUGCGAUCCAUCUAGGUGCAACAGAUCGGUCACCAUGGCUCCUUCUGACGCUCCGACAGCGAUUUUAACGAAKGAACCUACCAGAUCACCAACUUCAGCAUCUAGUCAAAAGUGUGGUGGAGCCGUCAAUGCCUCGAGCGACUCAAGUCAGACAUGCCAAAGUGAUCUCUGGAAUCCCACGGGAGACACUACAAUGCACUGCUUUGCCUACGGUGGCAGGGGUGACCCCUGCCACCUGAACAACAAUAAUGAUCCAGAUGAUGGGCGCAACAAGAGUCCUUCGUCGUGUUUUGGUGAUACCUUUUAUCUUUGGGAUGAACCUGAUACACAAGGGAAAUCCUAUCGUUGGGCAGGUCAGACGUGGUUAGAGUACUCCCGGCGCUUUUCCAAUGAGCUGAGGGCACUGAAGGCGCAAGGCACCAAAAUCACCUCACCAAUGCUCACAUCAGGCUCUGAAGGGACGAUUACCCGGAAUCUAGGAGAAUUCCUCUCAUCAUGCGGGCCCGCUUGUACCGAUAGAUCAGACCCAGCGUACAUCGAUGUGAUUGCUGUGAACUCCUUUUGUGGAGAUUUCAACGGCCCUACAGGAUGCAGAGGUGGUGCCUCCUUCAUCUACAAAGAGGUCCUCAAUGCAUCUAGUACAUUUGGUAACCGACCUGUUUAUAUUACCAAUUGGUCCAGAUUACAAACAUCCGAUCCCUGGGACCAAGUUGGUGCCAUUAAUGCUAUUGAAGAAUUUUUCCCCUCAUCUGCAGCCUCUCGUCGAGUUGUUGAACGCGUCUAUUGGUUUGGAGCAACUGACUUUGGGGGAAACUCCAGCAACAAUUUUUUGACACAGAUUUUGGCCGAUGGGAAGACUCUGGGGGAACUUUGGAAAGAAAAGUGCGACAGCCUCACAUAAUAAUCAACAUGUUGCAUCAUUAUUAUAGUAGAAUAGCUUGACGUACUGCAAUAGUACAAUAUAAUACACGUAGUACA